ACUAACAAGAAAAUAUUUUAUUAUGGCAUGUGAGACUUUGGAGAAAUUUGAAUGUAAGCAUUCAAAAUAUGAUUUAGUUAAUGCUGUAAAGAAGUACCCCGUUCUUUGGAACUGUGAUUACAAGAAAAGAAAAACAUUGGAGCUACGGAAAGAGAGCUGGCAAAAAGUGGCCCAAGAGAUGUGCACAAAUUUCGAGAUGGCUAACACAUUCGAAAGAGAAGAAAUCGUAAAAGCCAUACAAAUUCGCUGGGCACGUUUAAGGACUGAUUACAUGCGCCAUCUUAAACUGAGCCUUGAGGAAAGAAGCAUACCCUAUCCCUACGAAAAGGAACUUUGUUUUUUGGUAGACGACGAGCAGGUGGAAAAUAUAGCACCAGAAAUAAACAGAAUAAAAGCCACAACAAAGGGUAAAAAAGGCACAGCGACAGCCAAGCAUCGACGCGUUGAGGAUGACUUUUUCACCCAAACGAAUAAGAAAUCUCGAUUGCCGACCGAAAACUUCCUCUCCGAAUUGGACGCAUUGCAUAUCAAUACAACAAUUUCCUCAACCGCAGUGGGUCUUGAUCCUGGAGAUCUAUCCCUUAAUUCUUCAAUAAAUCCAUAUAUGUUUGUGAAUGCCGUACUAGAUACUACUGAGAAUCACAUGCAUUCCGUAAAGCAUGCCGACCCAGAUGAGGCGUUCUUCAAUUUAUUAAAGCCAUAUAUGGAUCGCUUGAGCGUGGAUCAAAAAUUAGACUUUCAAUUCAAGAUGCUAGAGCUACUUAAAGCUUUAGCUCCAAAAGUAACGUAGGAUCUAUUAUAUUUAUUUAUUGUUAUUUUGGAAAAUGAAAAAAGUUGAUCUA